UUAUUCAAAACAUGAGCGUGGAUGAAAAAAAAAACUAAUAAAGGUCACAGAAUGGUAAAAACUAAACAAAAUAAAUACAUUUUUUAUAAUUGAUAUCAUAGAAAUGUCUUUGGGCGCAUCUGAUCAAAAUUUCAAACCUUAAGUCGUAAAAAGCUGGCGCCAGUGAGCGUUUUCCUCGAAAGGAGUCGAAAUCCCUUAAGCGUCAAGUUCAUUAUUUCUAAUGAGAUUGCAAUUCCAUGGAAACUCUAUUUAUCGAAUAAUGAUCUUAUAGGAAUCGAUUUAAAAUAUUUAGAUCUACCAUUUCAUUAUAAACCAGUAGAUAAAGAAUGGUGUAGAAAAAAAUGUCUAAGUUUAGGAUUUACUUACAAGGAACCAAUUAUGAAUCAGAAAUUAACACCAAACAUGAUUCCAGUUGAUAUUUAUUUUAAUGAAAAUGGACUUUUCGAUGUUUUGUCAGAAUUAAUAUGCAGAGACAGAAAAUUUAGUUUAGAUAUGUAUAAAAAUACUUCUAAAAAUCUUAUCAAAAAUAAAGAAAUAAAGAAAUUCAUUAACAAUGACAGUUGGUUUAAAAAUAAAAUAAUAGCAGAUGCUAGGAGUCCAUGUUGGGAGUUAGAUAUUUUUGCUGCAGCAUAUUACUUAGAUGUAUGUAUUUAUUUUUUCAAAAAAGAAUAUGAUACAUGGGUAUACUUCCGAAAAGGGUGGCCCAGAUAUGAAAAAGUAGAUAUGAAAAAUGAAAAAUGCAUUCAUCUAUACCUGGAUAAAAAUUAUAUUGGUGUUGUUACUAAUGUUACUGGACUAUAUUAGAUGUAUAUUACUUUUAUAUAUCUAAUUAUUUAAUAAAGAAAAAUAUUAAA